GGCUAACAACAACAUGCGGCCUGCUGUAAGGAUGAGUAUGGAAGGAAUGGCAACCAACAACAUGAAGCCCAAUGUAAGGAUGAAUAUGGAAGGAGUGACAAACACCAACAUGAAGCCUGCUGCAAGGAUGAAUAUGGAAGGAAUGCAGAGGAUUAAUGCAGAUUAUUUGGACCUGAGAGGCACGACUAUGGGUGGAAUGCAGUGGCUUAAUGCAGAUUAUUUGGACCUGAGAGGCACGACUAUGGGUGGAAUGCAGAGGAUUAAUGCAGAUUAUUUGGACCUGGGAGGCACGACUAUGGGUGGAAUACAGAGGAAUAAUGCACACUAUUUGGAGCUGGGAGGCACGACUAACGGUGGUAAGUGUUUAUUACAUCAUUUGGCUUUCUGAUGUACUCCAUCUACUCAAUUAGAAACAAGAAUAUUACCAGUGCAACAGCAGUGUUUCAUGCAUGUUGGUACUUGUCAAUAGCAACCAAGAGUAUUUUUUACAUCCAUGACAAAAUGGACAGGUUUCCUACACCUGAAACAAAUCUCAGAAGUUUAUUAUGUGAACCAAAUACCUAUCAGGGUGUAACAGCGAUUUCAUCCUUUACAUUGUCAUUUGAAGGAACACAAAUCUACGACUCAUUUCCCUUUUAAAAUUCGAAAUUUCAAAAAGACUCGCUAAUUCUGAGUUGCAAAAUCUGGGUAAGUAGCCUACUGUUCUUCUUCAUUCCUACUUUGACUGUGCAGACCCUAAUUAUGGGACAUCUUACACAGGUACUAUUUAUUUAUAUCACUGCAUGCUGAUACUUGUAUU